CCUACCGAUGGCUUGGCUUCCCAGCAGCUCCAAUGGCGCCGACAAUGCGGACGAACGCAGCACGGCCGGAAGUCACUCCAGUGCCAGCUCCAGCUCAGCGAAUGGCGGCACCACAAGACACCGCACCGACACCGAGACCAAUGGAGCACACGUGAAUGGAAGCUCCACAGCGACAACGACAACGACGACGACGACAACGCGUCAGCCGCCCGCUUUAUUGCGCCAUGCCACGCCCUAUGUGCAACCCAAGACGGAGUCCAUAUCCGACGGCGAUCUGUCGGACUUUUCGCUGAACGACACCGAGGAAGACGAGGACGAGCUGCGGGAUUACAUUGUGCUCAACGGGAAUCAGGCGGAUGCAAGUCGCUCGCUGUCGAACUCUCCGCGCAGUGGCAGCGGUCACAAUCUGUUUGGCGGUCAGACGGCGCCACCGGGCAGCAAUGCAUCGGGACUGGCAGCUCCUGGUCCUGUGCGUAAGGUGUUCACCAACACGCGGGAGCGUUGGCGUCAGCAGAAUGUGUCGGGUGCGUUUGCUGAGUUGCGGAAGCUGGUGCCCACGCAUCCGCCGGACAAGAAGCUCUCCAAGAACGAGAUACUGCGCUCGGCCAUCAAGUAUAUUAAACUCCUCACCGGCAUCCUCGAGUGGCAGCAGCAGCAACAACAGCAGCAACAUCAUUCGAUGGCUGCUGGUCUCGAUGAGCCAAACAACAAUGACAAUCGCAUGGCAAACGGACAUGCGGUCGAUGCACUGCAUCACAUCAAAUGCGAACGCCUAGAAAGGGAGACGAAUGGAUCAGCGCAGCGUGGAAAUGAUUUGCUCAUGAUUGCGCCCAUCAAAACAGAGCAGCAGACGCAGCAGACAAGCUACGAGGAGACGCCAACAGCGCUGACAAGCACCAAUCAUCAUUCAGCAACAGGGACAGGAGCUGCUGCAACUUCUGCUGUGACAACAGUUGCCACACAGCACAAGGCUGUGGCAAGUGGACGCAGCGGCAGCAAGAGACGCCACAAAAAGGAAGAAGAGUUGAAUCCCAGCAGCCAAAGUAAACGCCGCAAGCCCUAGACAGAUCGGCUUAGGAUUAGACUAGAUACAUUACACUACACUAUAUGUUUAAAUUCGAAAUUUAAAGUAAAACCAUGAACCAUAAACCAUUAACCAUAAACUAUAAAGAAC